AUGCGCGAUGCAGGCAGGGCUACCUUCGCCAAAGUGCAGUGCUGGGACGCUGUGUUCGCCCGGUGGAAUGCCCAGCAUGCCGACUUGUGCUUCACGGAAGCGCAGCUGCGGAACCGGCUGAACACGCUGAAGGUGUGGGUGAAAGACAUCCGGCAACUCAAGUCGUGCGUGCGCCCCGGUGUGACUUGGGACCCCGCAAAGGACUACUUCGACCCGCGUUCCAUGGUAAGCCUCCCAGUCCUUUGGUACCAUGGUAAGCCUCCCAGUCCUUUGGUUCCAUGGCCGCGUGGCAGCAGCUACGCAUUCACGCUGACUGGGGAUGGCGACAGGUAUUACUCUGACGGCCCCAAUGGAGACGAUCUCUCGAGUGGGGAUGAAGUGGCUGAUGCAGCGCAUAAUAGAGGCCGGCAGCGCCGCCGACUGGGACUUGAGCACAGCAGCCCUCACCCGUCUGCGCCUUCGAUGACCACCACAUCCCGUCCUCCUGCAUCCGCAUCCGCUGCACCUGCAGCAAGCCCCACUACCGCACCCGCUGCACUCCCUUCCAUUGCAAGUAGAGGCCCAGCUAGAACCACCGCCAGUGGCACAAGGUCACUCCCAAUGUGGACUGAUGACCUCACAGCGGACCUCCUCCGCUGUUUGAUAGCGGCCAUGAGGGAUGCAGGCAGGGCGCCCUUUGCCAAAGUGCAGUGCUGGGGCGCUGUGUUCGCCCGGUGGAAUGCCCAGCAUGCGGAUUUGAACUUCACGACGGAGCAGCUGCGGAACCGGCUCACUGCUGUGAAGGCGUGGGUGAAAGACAUCAGGCAACUCCAGUCGUGGGUGCGAGAAGGUGUGAACUGGGACCCUGCACGCGACUUCUUUGACCCGAAUACUUUGGUUCGUGAUGUCGACAUCCCUCCUCGCAAAUGGGAUGAUUAUAAACGGUGGCUCACCCACACCGCACCGUGGCUUAGCCUUGGCGAGCGGGUGUCUCGUCAUGGCGGCCACGCAUGCACCCCAGGGGAUGGCGACAGGUAUUACUCAGACGACCCGGGUGAUUACGACCUCUUGAGUGGGGAUGAAGCAGCAGCAAGCCCCAAUCCUGCACCCGCAGCAUCCCCUGACCGCGCACAGCCCGCCCUCCCCCCUUAUGCCUUCCCCUCACCCUCCCUCCAUCCGCCCCCCGUUGACCUCCCCGUGCCCCCCCUGCGCGCGAACACUUACGAGCUUGGGUUGCUGGCCAAUGGCUCGACAGGGAGGGGCGGUGCCACGCUCGCAGGCGCGGGAACAGGCACGGGCACAGGUACAGGCACGGGCACAGGCACGGGUGCGGGCGCAGGCACGGGCACAGGUAUAGACACAGGCACGGGGUCGCGCGAACGGGGGGGACAGGCAUUGCAAAGCGGCAAGUGGCGGGCGAUGUGGGACGGCGAGCAGACAACAGCUCUUUUGGGGAUCAUUCGAGACGUGUUGCGCGCUGAGGGCUCCCCCCUCCCUGGCCGGAUCGAGGACUGGGGGGCGGUGCACCGCGAGUGGCUGCGGCGGGGGUUACCGCGGUACUCUAAGGAGCAGCUGCGAAUGCGGUGCAGUACGGUGCGCGGGUGGGUGAAGGACAUUCAGUUUCUGCAGGAGCUGCUGCCGCCUGAAGUCACCUGGGACCCCUCCACUCAGUGCUUCAACGCCGACCCCGAGCUGGGCAUCAGCCUGUGGCUGAAGCAGCACGGGCGGUGGGAGCAGUACAGGCGGUGGUGCACUCACACAGCGCCCUGGCUGCCCCUCGCGUUGCUCAAUGUGCACACGUGCCCUGCUGAGGUGGAGUGGGAUGAGGACGAGGAGGAGGAGGAUUGGGGAGACGGGGAGGAGGAUGGGGAAGAGGAGGAAGAUGAUGUGGUGGAGGGGAAUGGUGGGGCGGGGGUUGCACAGGGGAAUGGUGGGGCGGGGGUUGCACAGGGGAAUGGUGGGAUUGACUGUGCAGCUGAUGCUCCGCGGGUCAAUGGUGUUCCGCGUGCUGACGUGGCUCGUAACAAUGUCACCUUUGCUGACGGGGCUCGUGCUGACGAGGCGUGUGCUGACGUGGCUCGUGUGGUCGGAGUCAAAAUUUCUCCUCUGAAGCUCCUUCUGAGCCAUCUGAGAACACAGCUUUGGCCUCCCCUUCUCUCCCCCCCCCCACCACCACCCCCCACCCACCCCCCACCCCCACCAGACGCGGUGGCGGACAGCGUAUUCAAGUCGGUGCAGGCAGUGCAGGCGCUGCCCUCGCUGACGGACGCGCAGCGCGUGGCGGCCAUCGACGCCUUCCUGCAGCGCCCCCUCGACGCCCACGCCUUCCAGGCCAUGAGCCCCGCCCUGCAGACCCUCUUCGCCCGCCGCGCCCACGCCCAGGCUGUUGACAGGCAGCUGGCCGGCAUGCAGGCCGCCGCUGCUGCUGGGGCUGCUGCUGCUGCUGGGGGGAAUGCGCCCCUCACAGACCAGCAGCUUGGGGGCCUGCCAGGUGUGGCUGGGGGUGCUGGUGUGGUGGGGGGAACUGCUGGGGUGGGAACGGCGGGGGUGGGAACGGCGGGUGUGGGAACCGCGGGGGAAACCGGGGCGGCAGCAGGGGCAAGAGGAGCAGCAGGGUUGGGCGGCACACAAGGGGCAGGCGGCACACAAGGACAAGGGGCGGGCGGCAUGGCAGGGCUGCAGGUGCUGGGGCCUCGCGUGCAGGAGUUGAUGCAGGAGCUGGUUCGAGAGAUCCUGGGAGCAGUCAACGUGAGUCAACAGAUGGUCAACAUGGGUCAACAGGCAGUCAAUGCAGGUCAAGGGGCAGUCAAUGCAGGUCACACGAGGUUAACUGGCAAUCCAGUGGUGGUGAACGGGAUUCGAUGCGAGUGCCAUGAGUGUGUGGCUGCUAGAUUGGCGAUGAGAACACGUGAAGGCACAGUCAAUGCGGGUCAAGAUGGAGUCAACGCGAGUCAACCGGUGGUCAAUGCGGAUCCAAGGAGGCGAGUGGUAGCGAAUCAAGUGGACACAGCUGUCGGCCAAUCAGGGUUGGGUGCAGGUCGUGUGGGGACGGCUGCUGUGCUAGGGACAAGGAAUGCUGGUCAGGCAUCAGUCAACGCCGGUCAAGCACCAGUCAACACUGGUCAAGCACCAGUCAACGCCGGUCAAGCACGAGUCAGCGUUGGUCAAGGACGAGUCAACAUUGGUCUAACACGGAUUAACACUGGUCAUACAACAGUCAACGCUGGUCAAGCACCAGUCAACGCUGGUCAAGCACCAGUCAACGCUGGUCAAGCAGCAGUCAACGCCGGUCAAGCACGAGUCAGCGUUGGUCAAGGACGAGUCAACGUUGGUCUAACACGGAUUAACACUGGUCACACAACAGUCAACGCUGGUCAAGCACGAAUUAACGCUGGCCAAGCACGAGUCAAUGCUGGUCACGCACCAGUCAUCGCUAGUCAAGCACCAGUCAACGCGGGUCAAGCACGAAUAAACGCUGGUCAAGCAGCAGUCAACACUGGUCAAGCACCAGUCAACACUGGUCUUGCAGCAGUUAACGCCAGUCAAGCACGAGUUAAUGCUGGUCAAGCAUCAGUCAACGCUGAUCAAGCACCAUUCAGCGCUGGUCAAGCACUGGUCAACGCUGGUCAAGCACCAAUCAACUCGUUUCAAGCAUUGGUCAACGCUGGUCAAGCACCAGCCAACGCUGUUCAAGCGCUGGUCAACACUGGUCAAGCACCAAUCAACGUGUUUCAAGCUCUGGUCAAUGCUGGUCAAGUACCAUUCAACGCUGGUCAAGCACCUUUCAACGCUGGUCAAGCACUAGUCAACGCUGGUCAAGCACCAUUCACUGCUGGUCAAGCACUAGUCAACGCUGGUCAAGCACCAAUCAACGCGUUUCAAGCACUGGUCAAUGCUGGUCAAGCACCAGUCAACGCUGGUCAAGCACCAUUCAACGCUGGUCAAGCACUAGUCAACGCUGGUCUAUGGGCUGCUAAUGCAGGUGGAGGGGUGGGCGUGGGCCAAGGCAGAGCAGAGGGAGGAGGGGGAGGAGGGGGAGAUGGGGUAUGGAGGGACGCAGCAAUCCUGCAGCUUCUGUUGAAGCUGCUGCAAGGCCAGGCGAAGGAAACAGGUGGGGCUGUGGCGCGGGGACAGGGGGAAAACGGUGGGCAGGGAAGGGCGCAGGGAGGGGAGCAGGGAGGGUUAGGUGCUGGUGGUGUGGGAGCAGAUGCUGUGCUACAGACAAGAUAUGCUGAUCAAGCACCAGCCAACUUUGGUCUAUGGGCUGCUAAUGCAGGUGGAGGGAUGGAAGGAAGAGGAGGGGCUUGGAGGGAAGCAGAGAUGGUGGAACUGUGGCAGGUGCUGCAAGGCCAGGCGAAGGAAAGGGGUGGAGCUGUGGCGAGGGGACAGGGGGAGAAUGGCGGGCAAAGAGUGGGGCAGGGAGGGCAGCAGGGCGAGGAGCAGGGAGGAGGGCAGGGAGGGGGGCAGGGAGGGAAUGAGGGAGCGGAUCAGAGAGUCAGCUUGCCGGGGGGAAGCGGCAGCGGAGGGGGGGUGUUCACGCUGUCGCACCGCUGUGUGGCGGACGGACCAGCAGGGCAGUGCAGCCUGUGCAGCAUCGUUGCCAACUUCGCCAAAAUGGUGGCCGCGCAGGGUGGGCUGGGGGGCGCGCAGGGUGGGCUGGGGGGGGUUGCUACUGUGGGAGGAGUGCCUGCAGCAAGCGAUCUGAGGGGGAGUGGUGGUAGGGAACUGGUGGCUGUGCUGAGUGAAGGAAGGGGUGGUGAAGGGGGAGAUGUACGCAUGUCGGGAGGAGGAGAGGGGAGUGGUGGUGGAGGGGAGGUUGUAAGGGGUGAAGUGGGUGAGGCGGUAGAGGUGAGAGCGACGGGAGAGGUGAGAGAGAGGGGAGAGGUGAGAGAGAAGGGAGAGGUGCGAGCGACAGGAGAGGUGAGAGUGACGGGAGAGGUGAGGCCAGGGGGGGGAGGAGAGGGACGGGGGGCUGGAGAAGGAGGGGGGGGUGUAGAAGGAGGGGGGAAUGGGGGAGGGGGAGGUGGAGAGGAACGGAGGGUUGGAGAAGGAGGGGAGGGAGGAGGGCUGGGCGGCACAGGUUGGUUGGCCGGCACGGCACUGCAGCUGCUGGGGCAUCGCGUGCAGGAGUUUGUUGGAAGAGAGAACCUGGGGGCAGUCAAUGCUGGUCAAGGGGCGGUCAAUGCAGGUCAAGGGGCGGUCAAUGCAGGUCAAGGGGCUGUCAAUGCAGGUCAAGGGGCGGCUUUGAGUGGAGGGAAGGAGUUGAGUUCAAGGGAGGAUGAGGGUGCUGCUAGGGGAAGGAGUGAUAGCGAGGAGUCGAGUGAAGGGAGGGGAAUGAUGUGUGUGAGUGACGGGGUUAUUGUGCUUGAGGAGGGAGAUGUGAUUAUGGGGGAGGCAGUGGUUGCACAGGCAGGCUGUGAAGGCCGUGUGAUUGUCAAUGAGGGUCAACGAGGGUCAAGGAGCAGUCAAACGGGAAGUGAUUCUGGUGAGAUGGCAGUCAACGAGGGUCAAGGAGCAGUCAACGAGGGUCAAGGAGCAAUCAACGAGGGUCAAGGAGCAGUCAACGAGGGUCGAGGAGCAGUCAACGAGGGUCGAGGAGCAGUCAACGAGGGUCGAGGAGCAGUCAACGAGGGUCGAGGUGUAUAG